UAAAUUUUUCACAAAAAGAAAACUGGCAGCAGACCAAAAGAAUACAAGACCACUCAUUAGAAAACAUUAAUUUUGUAUCACAUAUUCAAACUCGACAAAUUGGAGAGAACAGUCCAUUAAAAAAACUCCAAAGAAACAGAAGAGUGAAGAUCCAGUUCUGAAAGGAGAGGUAAGUGAAAUACCAAUGUGACAAAUCGCACUGUGUGUCCACUUCUGCAGCUGCCUUCCCUGCUGUACUGGCGUUCAUAACACAGAUUUGGAUGGAUGCACAGCAACUGAUUCAAUAUUCAUAACCUUACCAGCAGGAAUCAUUAUAGAACAGUAUAUUCCUUCAACUCCAGCUGCUGGAAGGAAAUGUCAUAUAGGAAACUCAGUGUAUAAUUUUUGUAAAAAACCCAACAUUCUGCCUUGAUACCUUGUUGUGUUGAGCAGGUCAUGCUACCACCCAGCCUAGCUAACAAGAGCUCUGGGUCACGUUUAGGGCAAUAUUGAUGUGCCUGCCUUUCACAUUAACCGCCGUGUCGUGGCUCUCCGUACUUUUGUGUGGAGGGUAGUGAUGGCUGGGGCCAUCAAAAGGAAACACUUCCCACAUCCAACAAAAUUGGAGAAAUGUAGCUUGGAAGCAUCCCACAAUGUGGAAGAAAUUCCUUGUCAUGCUUGAUAGGAGAAAAAACAUGCAGGUAAUGUUAGUUGUAACAGAUGUCCUGCAGAAUGUCAUAAUUAGUAAUUUGAGCCAGGAUUCCCAAACUCCUGUAUCCUAGGGACUGCAGAAAGAUUUGAAAACAUACAGCAGCAGGCCACAUUAAACUUUAAGACAUGAGUGAUUAGAAAGCCCAUUUGGCUUGGUAUCUUCCAGGACAUAUUUCCAGAAGAGAAUUCUAAUUGUUCUCGGGUGCUUUCCUCUCAUCUUGUUCCCCAGCAUCGCUGACUUGCUCCAGUUGAAAACUGGACCAGUUCAACCAGGGUGAACUUUUUGUUGUCAAGUGAACAGUAAACUUAUCAAAGUUGUAAAGAGGAAGCAAGUUGAAGCCUCUCGAUGUGUGGCAAUUCUUCCGGAACAGGGCAGGCGACACGCAAUCUGGGACGGCCCCUGGGGACAACAGAUCAAUGAAUACUUGCACGAAGAUGUUGCCUAAGUAAACACAGUCACAGGGUCUUAUUUCACAAGCGUGUCUUCCUAUUACUGGAGUAGUAAUAAGAUGCUUUUUGUACAGUGAACUCUGGGUACCUUACGGCUACCUCGCUCACCUAGAAAACCUGAGAUCUACAACUUCAUGAGCCAGAGUGCAAAGCAUGAGGUUUGGCAUCAAACGGGUGCAAGGGCUGAAUUGUUUUCAAACAUGAGGUUGCUCUUGGGGGCGUACCUACAUUUCCAGCUGCUUAUUUGUGCUGGAGCUCCAUAUGGUUGCGUGACUAGUGCCCGUACGGUACGUUUUGUUCUGCAAUCAGUGUCCAUAGGUUUCAUUUCACUAUGUCCCGCAUGAACACAGAUUGCCAGUAAGUGUUGUGUGUUCUGGUCAGCUGUCCCAUCAAGCGUUGCUCCACUGCCAUCCUGGAUGCUUUCAGGAAACCUGUGCAUGUUCUGCACAGUGCCCUAGAAAGCACAGGACAUCUUGGCCCCACCAGUGUCAUUUCUGCAACUCCACCGGUCCUGCAAAUGGGUGCCUUUUUCAAAUUCUGCCUCCUUGCAUGGAGAAAGCCUUGAUGUGCUUCAUGGUCUUUGUAGUCAGGCAUAUAAACGGGGGACCGGCAAGUAGCUGAGUCUGAAGGUAAUGAGAAAGGUGGAAGCAAUCAGCUAGUCCUAUCUCUGGAGAUGGGUCAACCAAAAGCAGGCACAGGGGUGCAGUGCUGGGAGCCAGAGGGAUGGGAUGGCGGGGAAAGACCUCCGUUACAUCAAAAGCCACUUGCCUUGGGCUUUGGGAAGAGCUUGCUGCAAUGGCCUGCCAAAGUGAGAACGCCUGCAUGUAGACUUUGCUCUUUGGAAAUUUGCUGUCUGUUGUUUGCUAACUCACUUGGUAGCUGAUGAUGAUACGUGACAGGAGAAUGUGCAAUGCCACCAUAACGUGCCUUUGCCCAGCACUAAGCCGAAGUAGCAAGUGGGAAGUUGUUCGUGACUAGGGACGGCUGGGCUUCUGGGCCUGCAUGGUCCUGGAUUCAGCCGAUAGGAAGAGAAUAAAAGGCAGAACAGAAAAUAUUGUUACAGAACUUUUAAAGUUCAUAUUACGCAUACGCGUGGUUCUGGCUGUCCUACCUUAAGUGGGGUAUAAAAUUACAAAAUGUACACACAUGGGCAGCAAGAAUGACAGAGGACCUGGAAUUGCAUCCCCUACAGCAAGGUUAGCUACUUGAUAACACAGAGAAUAGUUGGCAGUUGGAGGAUACGGUCAGGGCUAGAGGCUGGAGGUAUUCCAGAUUCCUGAAAGCCAGGUGGUGUUGGGCUCAAUCUUUUCUGGAGGCUCUGAAAGACCUUAAUUGCUGGUUGCCAGAAAGUAGAAGGGGGAAAAGUCAUACUACGUGUGCCAUGUUCUUAUGUCUCCUUAAACAUUGGCUGCAGGUUACUGUCAGGACCAGAUGUGGGGCUACGUGGACUUUCAGUCUGACCUACUGUGACUGCUCUGAUGUUCUUGUGGUUUCAGAUACGCCAGCUGUCAUGGAUAUUUCUCUGUGAUGUUGCAAGCCCCGAUACCUGACUGUUGGAUGGCCUCUGAAGGGUCACAGGGUCUUUAGAAGAUCUGGAGGUCUUUUCCACUACUUUGUUUAUUAAGAAGAUUUUUCCCAUACAUAUAUGUGUUGCUUUUUCUCCUGAUGUCCCAAAGGUCCAGAACACCUUUUGCUCUUGGCUUACAAAGCCUUUUGCUAGCAAAAGAGUAAACUAUUUCCCGAGUAAGCUGCAGUGGGUACAUAGGUGUGUAUAUGCACACAAUGAAGCAUGCAUUGGCAGGGCAGAAAAGUAAAGAGAGGGUCUUGUGAUCAAGGCUGAACAUUGCUGAGAAACAUCUUCAUCUCAUGAUUGCUGCUGGCUGUGAUGUGGGCAGCUUUCAUGAAUGAACCAGGUACGUGGCUGAGGCCUCUCUACAGUGGUGUAAAGGUGGAAAAUGAUCCAGUUGAAUUCCUUAUGGUAACAACAGUCUCUCCUGCAUUUGUACCGCUCUGUGCACGGUCCAUCUUAUGUGUCCUGGCCUUACUUCUGCUCAUGAUCUACCUUUUACUAUGGCUGUAUCAGCAGGUAAGUUACGUCUGUACAAAAUAAAGCUUCUUUUAAUAGCAAAGGAUAAUAAAGUCCCCCAUCUAAAUAUGUGAUCUGGUUACAGCAGCCUGGGCACGACUGAUACAGGCACUGGGAGGACAGAGGUCUGCAGGGAGGUGAGGGUUUUGGAGGAGAACAGGUUAAGAGAUGGACAAGAACACGCGUCAGAGGCACAGCAGAACUUGGCUGCAGGUGCAGAUGAAUUUACAUCCACUUUGCUGCAGAUUUCAGGACACUUUCUCUCGAUCUUCUCCUUCCCACUUCCUCUGGGAAAAAAUGCGUGGGCUCUUCUUUGUCCUGGUGACGUGCACAGCGAGCGCCUCGGCUUUCAGACUCCAGCAAGGCAAAAGCACAGAAAACUGCCCAGAUCACACCGUUUUUUUCAAACACUACUAUGAACUGCAUGGAGAACCUGUGGUUCUGAAAUGCCCUUCCCCCAGAUACAAACAUUUGGAUAUUUCUGCCUUGACCCCUAAUGUCACAUGGUAUAAAAAUGGUUCAAAACCCAUGAUAUCAGGAAGAGAUGAAGAUCCAAGACUCUGGGCAAAAGGAGAUGCACUCUGGUUUUUACCAGCAAUGCUAGAAGACUCAGGAGUAUAUAUCUGCACCAGAAGGAACUCCUCCUACUGUGCCGAGGUCUCCAUCCACCUCACGGUCGUGGAGAAGACAGCUGCUCGGGACAUUGCCUAUCUCCAGGUCCUCUUCACGUUCACCUCCGGAAAGAUCGUUUGCCCUGACCUGUGGGAUUUUACACCAAAUGGGACAAGCCCGGAGCUCAAGUGGUACAAGGAUGCUCUGCCUUUGGAAGACGACCAUGAAAAAUUCCUAAUUCUGAAAGGUUCGACUUCUCUGACCAUGACUUCUGUACUACCAACAGACGCUGGCUAUUACACCUGCAAGAUGCCAUUUCCAUUCGAAGGUGUAACGCAUGAAAUCACCAGAACAAUUCGGCUGGAGACCGUUGAACAAGAAAAGAGAAUUACCCCAAUAAUUGUGUAUCCAACACAAAAGACAACAUCAGCUGCUCUCGGCUCCAGGAUGACUCUCUCAUGCAAAGUGUUUGUUGGACUGAGCAGCCACGUCAAUACCGACGUGGAAUGGCUAGCAAAUGACACCGCCGUCGAUGUGGUUUACAAGCAAAGCAGAAUUACAGAGGGAGAACGACAAGAAAUUGUAGAAAAUGGUGAAAACUUCAUUGAAGUGCCACUGAUUUUUCAUUCUGUCGAAGAAGUGGAUUUUUACACAGACUUUACGUGUCUGGCACAGAACAGAUAUGGCUACCAAGUACUGCCAACAAGGGUCAAGCAGGAAGCUGUCGGCUUGUCCUGGUACGUUGCAAUGAUUCCCGUUGCAUUGGCCUGCGUGAUCAUGGGAGGGAUAUACAUACACAAGUGCUGGAAGCGGAGAGCCGAUAAAGGAUACACAAUAGCAAAGGUUUAAAAUCUGCUUUAUUUUCCAACUGCCAACAGAACAAAAAAUCGUUCUGGCUAUCUUUCACGUGAGACACAGAGAGACAUUUCAGACCAGACAUACUGCUUUCCCAGCAGAUGGAUAUGUAUCAGCUAUUUUCCUCUUCUCCAAGUCUUCUACGAUCUGAUGAAGUUAUAAAUAUAAGUUUGCAUUUUUAUGCUGCCUAGAUGCAGGAAACCUGCUUCUAUUAUUUUGCAGCUAGGGUGCAAUCUGUAGCAUUUUGGAACACAGAAUACCAGGAACAUGCCCUGGAUAUGGGAAGGGUAGGGAAAGGAAGGUGCUCUCACCUGUCGUAAUUCCAAUAGUCUCAUUGUUAAAAAAAAAAGGAAAAGAAAAACCCUAAAAUCUAAAAAUCAGAAGCUAAGAAAGGUUGCUACAGAAGGACUAUUCCACACGAGAGUGAAAAUGCAGUUUUCUUAUCCAUCCAAACCCAUUUUAUUUUACUUCAGUCUAAAAAGAGCCAUUUUUUUUCCCUUUACCAGAGCCAAAUACAGUUGUCAUGGCAACUGUAUAUGUACGACCUUCUCCACAGAAAAUCUAAAUUUUUUCACCAUUUGGAUUACUCUUUGCUUAAAUAGACUGUCUCAGAAUAUCAGUCCCCAAGAGAUAACUACAUCAGCAUAAGAGAUAAUUGUACACUGGAGAAUUCAGUUCUGUUUUAUCUACCAAUAUCUCAUAGCUAGAGAUUCAUAGGCAGCUGUAAUAUGUUGUUAUCUUUGCCAAGAAAAGAAUGUGGAGGGAUGUUUUAGUGUUUUGAGAGUCAUUUGACUAAUACAAAGUUUUAUUCCUGGAAGUGAUUUGACAGAUUACCAGUAAUAAUGUACAGUCUUGCCCUUCUGUGCUUCUAACUCUUUCAUGACUGGCCUGAUUCUCCUCUCUGAUAUGACUAUAAAAGUCUGCCAUAGAUUCCCAUAACCAAUGAGUCUGCACCAGUCUAAAGCUGGUGCAGCUUCAGGAACCUUGUGUCCUUUAAACUGAAGUAUGCAGAUCGAUUACUCAUGGUGCAAAAUGCUGCCCAUUAAGCUAACUGGAUUCCAGUCUUGACAUAAAUCAGAAGGGAGCAAUAAAUAAUCAAUGACCAUGUUGUGCUUCGAGGAUCAGAAUGAGUAGAAUGAUUUUGUUACUUCCUCUUCCGAGAGAUAACACUUAUGAUAGCCGAGAAAUAGUUCCAUCACGUAUAAUAUGUAUUAACUUCAUCUGUAUGGGAGGGGAAGAGAUCCAGCCUUAAGGUCUAGAUUUUUACAGACCCAUAACUGACACAUAACUCUCACAGACACUGAAGAUAAAGAUUUUUGUUCAGGUGAAUCAGCCCAGGGUUUUUUCAAACUCUGUAGGAUAAAAAAUAAUCAGCAAAAAUGUUGGCUCCGAAGAAACAAAUUGUAAAGUAAGAAUGUUAGAACUGCACGUGGUCCCACAAACUAGGGAAAUGAACAACUCGCAUCCAUCUGGGAGAGGCCAUAACCUAAUUCCUUUCCACCACCACUUAUAGAUGGUUCUGAGUUUAGCCCAAUAAACAUCUGGAAGGAUUUUAAAGACUAGGAUGUGGCUUGAAUUAAGAAAUCUAUUAGCAAGAACCUUCACAUUUUAUGAGAUUUAAGCCAAAGUCUCCCUUUAAGUAUUCUGAAUGUUUGCUGUGAAGAUACAGGCACAGGGAUUAGAUUUCUGACAGAAUCUGGGUCAAUGGCAACCAAAGAAAAUCACAGGACUUACUGUUUCCAAGUGCAGGAUGUUAAAGUUGAUGAUAAAGAAUACAUAUUGUUUUAUGGGCAGAUGGGAAAAAGGUGGCUGCAAGCGUCCACUUGGAUAUCUGUUCUUUGAAGGAAGAAAACUGUAGAUGAACUGACCAUUGCUGGAAGGAACAUAAAAGUUUUAGGUACAUCAGGAAUGCUCAUUUUUAUCAAGCAAUUCUAGUCUGUAGCAAGAGAACAAAUUAGGUUUGCCAAUAAGUGUAACCUUUCAAAAUAUGAUUUGUUCUUCCUAUCCAUCUGUAUCCUCCGAGAGUAGUGUGAUAACACAUCUGGCUGUAGGCGCGGGGCUGGAUUUCACUAAGUAGUGGAAAAAGAAGUAGAACUUUUGGUAUAUGGAGUAUCGGUGCCACAAGAAAGUUAAAUACCUCAGAUCCUCCUCCAAACUAGACAAGGAGAAAGAAAUGUAAAUGUGAGAUAAAAAUUAGGCAUACAAAGAACUGAUGUUACAUACUCAGUGGUGUCUUGAAUGCAAGGGGAAUGUAAAGAAACAAAGGUUUAUCUUUUAUGAAGUGCUAUUUGCUUCUCUGACUACUGGUACAGUAAUAUUCUGAAGGCUUUCCUCAUAGGUAGACUUGUUCAAGUGAACUAGAUAGUGUAAAUGUUUUACAGGUAGACUUGAACAAGUGACCUACAUAAUGUAAAUAUUUUACAUUGAUUUGUAUUGUUAUAAACAGGGGUAACACGG